GUUGGAGCAGGCUGCUGUGUCUGUGGUUGACACCACCGCCUCUGAUCUGUGGUUGACACCACAGACACACAAACAAAGAUCGUCAGCUGCACGGGCAGGACCAUGCCACGAUAACCCAGCGACAAGAAACUGGGACAAUACCAGUGUCCGCAUUGCGAGGGGAGGAGGAGGGACUGGGCUGCGGCUGCACCACAAUGUGAAGGGAGGCUCUGAGGAGGAGAAAACAUGAAGCGCAAGAGCGAGAGGAGACGAGGCGAGUCGAGGAAGAAGCGCUGCGCCGCUCACCGCGGCUCAGAGGCGGGGCCGAACUCCGACUUGUACAUGGAGAUUACAGAUCAACUGUACUUCGCCAUACUCCAUCAGAAGAUCAAGAGCACGGCAGAGAGACACUGCUUCUGCAUAGACGAGGAGUUGGCGUAUGAGAACUUCUAUGCGGACUUUGGUCCCCUUAACCUGGCCAUGUUUUAUCGCUUCUGCUGCAAGCUGACAAAGAAGCUCAAGUCUGUUACGCUGUCAAGGAAGAAGAUCAUAUUUUAUACAUGUGGAGACCAGAAAAAACAGGCCAAUGCUGCUUAUCUAAUAGGCUCAUAUGCUGUAAUGCAUCUAAACAUGAUGCCAGAGGACGCCUACAGUCUGCUGGUUGCGAGGAAUUCAACGUACCUCCCAUUCAGAGACGCUUCAUUUGGAAGCUGCAUGUACAACCUGAACAUCCUGGAUUGCCUCCGUGCCGUUCAGAAGGCUCUUCAGUACGGCUGGCUGGACUUCUCCAACUUCGAUGUGGAGGAAUAUGAGCACUAUGAGAGGGCGGAAAAUGGAGACUUGAACUGGAUCAUUCCAGGGAAGUUCCUUGCAUUCAGCGGACCUCAUCCAAAAAGCAAAAUAGAAAAUGGGUAUCCUCUGCAUGCUCCCGAGGCCUACAUGCCUUACUUCAGAAAACACAACAUCACCGCCAUCAUCCGUCUCAACAAGAAGAUGUACGAUAGCAGGCGUUUUACGGAUUCAGGCUUUGAACACCACGACCUGUUCUUCGUGGACGGGAGUACACCGACCGACAGCAUCGUCCGGAAGUUCCUCAACAUCUGUGAGAACGCAGAAGGAGCGAUAGCGGUCCACUGCAAAGCGGGUCUGGGGAGGACUGGUACCCUGAUUGGCUGCUAUAUGAUGAAACAUUACGGCCUGACUGCAGCAGAGGCCAUUGCCUGGAUACGGAUCUGCCGGCCAGGGUCCGUUAUCGGGCCUCAGCAGAACUUUGUGGAAGAGAAGCAGAACAACUUAUGGGCAGAGGGAGACGUUUUCCGAGAGAAGAUGCUCAAUGAACGAGAGAACGGCAAGGUGGCUGUCACAAGGAUCCUUUCCGGAGUGGACGACAUAACCAUCAACGGCAGCAACAAAAACAGGGCAACCAAGAAAGAAGAAAUGGAUCUGUAUAAUGAUGAGGAGGAGAGGAAUGGCCUCACACAGGGUGAUAAACUGCGAGCACUGAAGAGCAAGAGGCAGGCCAGAUCGUCAUCAGGCUCACUCACGCAGGUAGUAUUCUGCUGCAGCCUCAUGGGCACGGGGUGGCCGAUGUGUUGCCUGCCGUUCAAAAGAUAGAGAGAGAGGCAGAGAGAAAGUGGGGGAGAGGAAAAACAGAGAGAGGCUGGGAGGUUUUGUAUAACGGAGGUAAGUGCACAUCACUUCCUUUCUAGCUGACAUCCUCUUCCUGUAGAGACGGUGGCUAUGGCAGUGAAUGGUAUGGUUAUUACAUUAUGGCUGAUUUGAAGUUGUUCUGUUUUUUGUAAUUUUUUUCCUUUCCGAUGACGACGGUGUGAAGUGGAUAUGCAUUUAGUGGAUGCAUUACAUCGCCCGUCAUUGCCUCAUGGACACACUGAGCUGAUCUGCUUUGAUAGAGAGGCUUUUCCUCUCAGUCACACUAAAGGUCUCAUGUAGAGCCGGCUGUACUUGUUAAAAAUAACAGUACCAGUGAUUCAGCUAAUCACAGAUUUACAUGAGAUCUGGAUUAGUUGAAUUCAAGGUUUCUAGUGCAUGGCUUGCACUACUGACUUGACAAUUCUCUAGGGCAAAAACUAGUUAAGGUCUUUGUUAGGAUUUGAAGGUAGAGUAUUAGUUUAAUGUUUAGUAAAGUAGCUAAGUUGCUGAAUCAUAGGAGGCUACAUCCACACUGCUAUGUCAAUGGUCACGUGAUGUGCAUUUUAUGACGUGUUGGUAUUACUGAAACGGAUCUAAAACACUCAUGAAGACGGCGAUUAGUUUAGUUUUAAAACCAAAAGAAGUCGUAUGGAUGUAGCCUAAGUUGUAGAUGUUUUUGAGAAUGGUGAAUAGUAAUUUUGUGUCAUAUUUUCCUGAGGUGUUUUUAUGAGAAAAAUUGACUGCUUUAAAUUACAUUGCUGGGAAGGUUAAUGAAUCCUGAUCCUCAUCCUGCUGUACAGGAUUAUGAAAAAACAAACACAUUUGCUUCUGAGGAGGUGAUCAGAUGAAAGUGGGUUCUUAUCCGUCCUCACAAGGGAGAUGAGGCAGAAGGGAGAUUUGCUUCCUUUUCAGGCCGUACGCGUUAUCAGUGUCUGGGCUGUUAGACAAACAUCCAACCUGAAGCUGAACUUCACCAUCUGGCUCCACUGUUUGUUUUACUCUGUAACACUGAGCUGCAUGUUGUAUUCCAGUGAGAAACACGACAACUUCUCUUCACCCUGUCGGCCUUUUUCGUGCAUGGCAGUAGGCAUGAAACCCUGUGAAAUGCACGCAUGGACAUGCUUCUGUGUUCGAUCUGUGUUUGUGUCUAACAUAAUUAAUGUCGGACCGGGUUCAUUGUCAAAGGCCUGUUGUUUCUCCACUGCUUUAUGUGACUGGAUCAGCAACCCACCGGAGCCUUGUUUACUGCUUCAGGAUCUCUGCCAGCAACUUUUUAAAUUCCAGUGAUUAGAGAUAUUAUUAUAGUUAUUAAAGAUCUAUUCAUGUAAAGGAGGGCAGAACAUUUAGUGAAUUUGUUUUCUUUGAUCAAGUCUUACUUUUGUGUCUGUAAAUUUUUUUAUAGAUUUAAAAAAAAAUGUUUUACUAUAGAUUGUAUAUGAUUCUAAAUCUACUCUCAGUGUCAUCUAUCCCACAGCCAGUAAAGUUUAUUGUCAGCUGAUCUGUAAAACCACCUUGCACACUGUUUUUAUUGGUUCUUGUAUAAAAUUGAAUGUCAGCCUGUAAGAUUUAGAAGCUUUAUUUAAAUCGUUCUACUUCACAAUCUCCACAUUGGUCAGAUUAGUAUGAGGCAAACUGCAAACCCAUCAGAGAAAGUGAAGAACAAAAACUUGCUGACUGGCACUGCUGGAUUCAAGGCUCUGUGAAUGGUAUUUAAUCUGAUCCAGUCCCAGUGGAAAAGCAGAACAUCACAGGCUUUGUGUCCUACCCGGACGUCUCUUGUCUCUCUUUUCCUUUUUUUUUUCCUCCCUUUUUCCAUUUUGCUCUUGUUAUCGGAUUUGUCCUCC